AUCGUCGAUCCUGGUGUCCACCAUGUGGUUUUGGGGGGAAAACCCCACGCGGUUGGCGGAACUUUGCAGCCAUGGAUCGGGAAGCAAUUCAUGGAGAUGGAAGUGACCAGGCAAUCGUUCUCACCCCCCUUCGAUGCCGCUGAGCCAAACGAAUCUAGUAGACUGCCAUUGACAGCUGGAAAUAGGCAGGUGUGUGGGAGGUCUAGUUCAAGCGUGGCCGCCCAGAAGGGCAACUAUCGUGUGCUCAACUCUGCAUGAACGAACAAACGUGAAAAGAGCGGGGUUCCAUGGAAACGUAAAUGGAGGGCUAAGCAAGGGUUCGGCGGGCAUGACGCCGGUGAAAAACGUGCCGAGACAGGAAUGUCCAGCAUCGUGAGUCAAGGGAUAUAAAAUGGAAUUGCUGCGCCCUUUUUCCGCGUUAUGUUGUUCGACUGCUCUGUGCUUGAGUUGUCGUCAAUCAAUAUGCGUGCCUCGGCCCUCUUCGCUCUCCUCGCCAGCUCAGCCGGCCUUGUCGCCGCCGUCCCUCCUGCCAGUGCCGCCAAGGCCGCCGGUCUUCGUCUCAUCAAGACCUCCCCCGAGGAUAAGGGCGCAUGGGUGACUGAGGAGCAGAAGAUCACUCAGUACCGCAACAAGCGCAUCGGCUUCGUCGAUAUCACCGACAUCACCGACGCUUCCGUCCUCACUGCCCUCUCCAACCCUGACGGUGCUCCUGCCAGGUCCGACUUUUCAGCCGAGGCCGUCAGAUACCCUACCGCCGUCUCGCACCAAACCCAAGUCAAUUCCCUUCUCUCUCAAGUGUCGACCACUAAUCCCAAGUCGUGGCUGCUCACUCUUACCAACUUCUACAACCGGUACUACAGGUCCAGCUAUGGCACGCAGGCCGGUACCUGGCUGUAUGACACCAUUGUCUCCGUCGCCUCCGCCAACCCGGCCAUCACCGUGACCAAGUUCACCCACUCGUGGAACCAGCCCUCCAUCAUCGCCAAGAUCCCCGGCACCAGCAGCAAUCUGGUUAUCGUGAGCGCGCACUAUGACUCGACUGGCGGCUCGUCUACCGCACGUGGACCCGGCGCCGACGACAACGGCUCGGGCGUCGUCGUCAUUCUCGAGGCUCUCCGCGUUCUCGCCAACGCCAAGUUUGCUCCCAAGGACACGCUCGAGUUUCACUUUUACUCUGCCGAAGAGGGUGGUCUCCUUGGUUCUGCUGCCGUUUUCUCCAGCUACAAGUCCGCUGGCAAGAGCGUGUAUGCCGUCAUGAACCAGGACAUGGCGGGAUAUUCGCCCAGCGGAAAGAUUUCCAUUUACACCGACUAUGUCGACUCCUCGUUGACGGCGUAUACCCGAGUGAUCGCGACUGCUUAUACCGGCGAGACGACUAGCGAUAGGUGUGGCUAUGGAUGCUCGGACCAUGCCUCUGCCAGGUCUAACGGUUUCCCUGCCGCUUACGUUUGCGAUGAGCCCAUAGAUACCGCGACUCCCUACCUCCACUCAUCCAAGGAUGCUUACUCGACCAUCAUGUGGGAUGCUAUCCUUCGCCAUGCCAAGUUCACGACUGCCUUCCUUGUUGAGGCUUCCUACCUUUAAUGGGUUGUAGUCAUGUCCUGUUUCUGAAUAUGUCUUCACAAGCAGAAAUAAGGGGGUCCAAUAACACACAAAUGAGUCGAAUACGGUAUACCUGUAGGUACCUCUACAGUGUUCAUGUGGGGGGUGGCGCAUGGAUUGGAUAGCUCCAGGCGAAACACAUCCAUUGACCUCAAUAAGAAACAAUACUUUGACGCGACGCACGAG